CUGCCCUUGUUUCACGCUGAUGAUAUAUGAGGCUGGGGACUAAUGUAAAGGGGAGCUCUCUGUGUGCUGGAUGUCUGAGUGGAGACCUGAGGUGAGCGUCUGUCUUUCCACCACAGUGGAAGAGUGCUUCAGACUGGGGGACAUCACUGAUGCAAGGCAGGCUACAUCCUCUGGAGCAGCGACAGGACAGCCUGCGGAGAAAGCAGUUAGACUGAAGACCCACGUGUAUGCCUGGAUGUGCUUUGUGUUGUGAAGACAGGAGACUGCAAAAAAAAAAAAGAAAAAGAAAACGGAGGCAAAGCCAGCAACAGAGGGAGGGGAGCAUUUAGCAAGAAGCACCCGAGUCACAGGGGUCUGGGGAAAGUGGGCGUGGGGUCCGCAGGGAGUGUUUUAAAAGUGAAAGGAGGAGUGAGGGGGGUCUACUCUGCUCACAGAUCAAAGACUGGAAGAAGGAGGAUUGCUUUCCGCACAGUCUGAAGAGAUUGGGAUGUCACAGACUCUCCAAAGGCUGUGGAUUUACAAUUGAAGCUAAGGAUCUGUCUGCAGCACUGACUGAGAGACAGAGGGGGUGAUUAUAAGGACACAGAGUCAGAGGACCAGCCAAAAGGUCUUCACCUGGACAGAGGUGAGCUUGCUUACCAAGUAAAGACUCAGAAGAAGACGAAAGAAGAGACAACGGACAGGGGUCCUUCUAGGAAAAUUGUCAACAUUCUCUUUUCACACGAGUCUAUAGGAGGAUCCAGUCAUGGCUGUCCAACUCAUCCCAGAAUCAGCCGUGUGUUUGCUCAUGAUGACCGAGGGGAGGCGAUGUCAGGUCCAUCUCCUGGACGACAGGAAGCUGGAGCUUCUCGUACAGCCCAAGCUGAUGGCUAAGGACUUGCUGGACCUUGUGGCAUCUCACUUCAACCUCAAGGAGAAGGAGUACUUUGGAAUUGCAUACACAGAUGAAACGGGCCAUUUUAGCUGGCUGCAACUGGACCGAAGGGUAUUAGAACACGAAUUCCCCAAGAAGUCCGGUCCCAUCGUCCUCUACUUCUGUGUCAGGUUCUACAUAGAGAGUAUAUCCUACCUGAAGGACAACGCCACCAUUGAGCUGUUCUUUCUUAAUGCCAAGUCCAUCAUCUACAAGGAGCUUAUUGAAGUAGACAGCGACAUCGUCUUCGAAUUGGCUUCCUACAUUCUGCAAGAGGCUAAAGGUGAUUUCACCAGUAAUGAUGCAACCAGGUCUGACCUGAAAAAGCUGCCCGCUCUGCCCACCCAGGCCCUAAAGGAGCACCCAUCUCUGGCCUACUGUGAAGACCGGGUCAUAGAGCAUUACAAGAAGCUCAGUGGCCAGUCUAGAGGACAGGCUAUUGUAAAUUAUAUGAGCAUUGUAGAGUCUCUGCCCACAUAUGGAGUGCAUUACUAUGCUGUAAAGGACAAGCAGGGAAUCCCAUGGUGGUUGGGUCUGAGCUAUAAAGGCAUCUUUCAGUAUGACCACCAGGACAAAGUCAAACCCAGGAAGGUGUUCCAAUGGCGUCAGCUGGAGAACCUCUACUUCAGAGAGAAGAAGUUCUCAGUGGAAGUUCAUGACCCGAGAAGUAGGGCAUCGGUAACACGAAGGACGUUUGGUCACAGUGGCAUUGCUGUGCAUACCUGGUACGCCUGUCCUGCCCUCAUCAAGUCCAUCUGGGCCAUGGCCAUCAGCCAACACCAGUUCUACCUGGACCGCAAGCAGAGCAAGUCGAAGAUCCAUGCUGCACGGAGCCUAAGUGAGAUUGCUAUCGAUCUUACGGAAACGGGAACUUUGAAGACCUCCAAAUUGGCCAACAUGGGCAGCAAGGGCAAGAUUAUCAGUGGCAGCAGUGGCAGUCUGCUCUCCUCAGGCUCUCAGGAAUCGGACAGUUCCCAAACAGCUAAGAAGGACAUGCUAGCAGCACUGAGGGCCAGGCAGGAAGCUCUGGAGGAAACACUAAGACAGAGACUAGAGGAACUCAAGAGCAUCUGCAUAAGAGAGGCGGAGCUAACAGGAAAACUUCCAAAGGAAUAUCCUCUGGAUCCUGGAGAGGAGCCACCUACAGUGAGACGGAAGAUCGGUACCGCCUUCAAACUGGACGAGCAGAAAAUUCUACCUAAGGGAGAGGAAGAGGAGCUCGAGCGUUUGGAACGGGAGUUUGCUAUUCAGUCCCAGAUUACGGAGGCAGCCAGGCGUCUUGCCAGCGAUCCUCACGUGAGCAGUAAGAAGCUGAAAAAACAGAGGAAGACUUCUUAUCUGAACGCACUGAAGAAGCUCCAGGAAAUUGAGAACUCCAUCAAUGAGUACCGGGUCCGCUCUGGCAAGAAGCCUACACAGAGGGCGUCGCUUAUCAUAGAAGAGGCCAAUAUGUGUUCUGAAGACAGCUCAUUGUCUGAUGCGUUGGUCUUGGAUGACGAUGAUCCUCAAGUCACAGGUACUCCCACCUUCUCCCCAGUAGCAUCGCCUCACAAGGGCCUCCCUCCACGACCCCCAUCUCACAGUCGACCCCCUCCACCGCAGUCUCUGGAUGGCCUGCGACACCUGCACUACACACGCUCUGACUACGAUAAAUCCCCCAUCAAACCCAAGAUGUGGAGCGAAUCGUCACUGGAUGAGCCUUAUGAAAAAGUCAAGAAACGCUCCUCUCACUCCAGUCACAGGCGUUUCCCAAGUUCCGGCAGUGCAGAAGCAGGGGGUAGUAACUCUCUGCAGAGCAGCCCCAUUAGGAGCCUCCCUCACUGGAACUCUCAGUCCAGCAUGCCGUCGACCCCGGACCUGAGGACCAGGAACCCACACUACAUACAUUCCACCAGGUCAGUGGACAUCAGUCCCACACGUCUGCACAGUCUCUCUCAGCACUUUAGGAACCGCAGCUCCAGCCUUGAGUCUCAGGGCAAGCUGCUUGUGUCCGACCCUGACGCACACCCGCACACCCUGGGCAGCCCCGACUUCUUCCUCGGCCCAGGACGCAGCUCCAAUGGCUCUGACCCACUGGACGACUGCUCAUCCUGCACCAGCCAAAGCAGCUCAGAGCAUUACUACCCCUCUGGUGGACCCCCGGGCAGCAACCCAAACUACUCUACUCUGGGAGAGGACUCACCCUCCAAAGCCAGGCAGAGGCAGAGACAAAGGCACAGGUCUGCAGGUCAUUUGGGUUCCUCUAACUCUGGCUCGAUGCCAAACCUGGCAGCUAAAAACGGCUCAGGUGGAGGCUCAAGUGGAGGUGGGAUGGGAGGAGGACACCACGGAGUCUACCUCCACAGCCAGAGCCAGCCCUCCUCCCAGUACCGCAUCAAGGAGUACCCUCUAUACGUGGAAGGCAGCCCCAACCCUGUGGUGGUGCGCAGCCUGGAGAGCGAUCAGGAGGGCCACUACAGCGUCAAGGCUCAGUUCAAGACCUCCAGCUCCUACACGGCCGGUGGACUGUACAAGGAGGCCUGGGGGGGAGAGGAGGGAGGAGAGGGGAGUGGCCGACUCACACCGUCGCGCUCUCAGAUCGUACGGACUCCGUCAUUGGGACGAGAGGGUGGUGGAGGCGGAGGGGGGAGGGCAGCGGUGUCUGAAGAGCUGCGGUGCUGGUACCAGAGGUCUUCAGGGAGCCUAAAGGAGAGGAGUCACUCACAUUCAGGAUCCACAUCCUCUGAGACCGGGUCACAGCAAGGCACUCUGGGACACGGUCGAGGGAGUAGAGUAGGGACGCUCGUCAAAGGCUCACCAGCUGCAUCCCCUCACAGCCAGAGGAGUAUGACGCCCUCCAGUGAACACGCAGCCACACCCACACCCCCCUGUAGCCCACAGCACAUCCUCAACUGGCAGAGCGGGUCUUUCAGUGACAGCUGUUUUCUCAGCAGCCCCCUGUGCUCAGAGCUGGCAGAUGUGCAGUGGUACGGACAAGACAAGGCCAAACCUGGAACGCUGGUCUGAGACCUUCCUGUAGGGCCUAGAAAAAGUCCCAUUGCCCUCUCCUACUGCCUCCCCACUGUCCCUCACUACUACCCAUCAACAACCAACAACCUCAUCCUUAAACCCUACAAAAACCCUGCCCUGACCAGACUAGCGGACUGGACAUGAGCCUCCCUCCUCCUUAAAUCUCCACCACCUCUUUAUUAUGCCCUGUUUAUCACCGCCCAGCAGGACAGGGACACGCUCACUGGGCUCUGAUAAGGGCUGAUCUCACAGGACGGACUGAGAAGUGCCACCUCAGCCGUUGAACUGUUGCCCUAUAGCACCACAGAGCCCUUUCUUUACUCACUUUCUGCAGCACACAAGCAGCGGGGCAAGCGGAAACGAGCGACGGGAAGAGAGAGCACAGAAGAAUAUAAAACGUACAGCUGAAACUCAACAAAACCGGCCAUUCCAGGAUCUGUUUCAUCUCAUCUUUGCUCCCCGACAUUACUUCCUCCAGUGCACUGCCACGCAAUCAGAAGAUACCUGCUGGAUUUGAGCCACCAGUUUAAAAACAAGUCUCAAGUCCCAAAUGAACGGUGUUGCAUUUCAUUAUUCACAUUAUUGUUGUGUUUUCUUUUUCUUUAUUUCACCCUGCGUAUUUAUAAAAAAAAAAAAAAAAACGAGAGAAGGUGACAAUUUAAAAAAAAAAAUCUAGAUUAACAAACAUUCGGAUGACAGAUUCAACACCUCUCAGUUUAAUCCACAACCAAAGACAGCAGCUGGAUUGACUGGUCACACCAGAGUUCCUGGGCAGGUGCCACUGCAGAAAAGUGACUGUUGGUCAUCUGUGUGAGAGUGAAUUCAUGGUGACGCUAUUAGGAAGGAUUCUGGGACACUGUCUCAGAUCAUGAUGAGGACUAUAGCAAUAACAAACCUCGUACAAGUCAAUGAACUGGUUUGAAUCAACAGAGUGAAUUGAAGCAGGCGUUUUGCCACGUUCUCUGCCUUGUGACGGUUGGAGUAAAGGAUCAUUAGCGCAUCGUAGGGAGAGUUUGGAGUUGUGGUUAUUGGACUUGGCAUUAAUCUAUGCUUUUUUUCGCUGACUUCAUCAUUCACGUUUAUUUAAUGUAUUUGGUCUAUGUGAGAGAAUUCUGUCUACCACAGUUUAUUUUCCCACAUGGUGGUUUGUGAUCAGUACUGUAGCCAGAACAUGAACGGGUUUCGGCCAGUAAAGGGUCAUUUGGGUGUGUUGUGGCCACAUUAAGUCACACUUAUGGCAACUUUUUAUUAGGGUGGCAAUUUUUAUUUUAUCCCCUAAAGGUAAAAGACUGUUGCCAUCUUUUAGUGCUUCUUGCAGUUUGAUACUGAGGCUCUCUUCCUCUCCUUUGGUCUUGGCUCCGUACGAGUUCUCGCCACGCUGAUCAUCUAUCAGUCCCUUUAUAGCACUGUGUCUUUUCAUCUCUGUGUCCAUCUCUUGAGCAUGACUGGAGCAGCAUGACUGAACUUACUUUUAUCAGUUCCUAACAUGUUGGUGCUUUUAUAUUUCUACUGUAAUUUAGUACUGAAUCUUUUUCAGGCUGCAUACGCCUUCAAGUCCCCCCACAGUCUAAAGCCAUUCUUUAAAGUAGGAGCAAGGCCGAGAAGCCAGAAGACAGUCAGCAAACGUUUAAUUUGGCAUCAAGCGAAAUAGGAUUUAUUAAAAUGUACUUUGGUCUGAAAGCACAACCUUUACAGUGUCUUUGAGGGCUGGAACUGCAGUUUUGUGUGUUCUCAUAUCAAAGUUCAGUUUGUUUUUUUAGUAUAUAAGCAUUUAUGGAUUUCAGGUGGACAAUAAAUAAUACUCCACUGUAAGGGCAGAAAAGAAACUAUAGCCGCAACAGAGAAAAACUCUUUUACCCUCUGAAAUCGAGAGCAUCAUGUUCUCACACAUCCCGAUCAACAAUCAAAUAUUCAGAACAGGGUUAGAAAAGCACACCUGGUUUUGUAGGAAGGAAUGAUAGCUGUUUGUUUUUAGCUGUCCUCAAACCAGUUUUCCUCAUCUUCCCUUGAUUAAUGUUUAUUCUGCAAAAUAAUUCUCACCUUUGGUUCACUGUUGCACAAAAACGGAAGUAAUCAGAUGUUAAUUUUACUCAAAUUAUGACAGAUUGUGACUCUCACUCCAACUGGAUACGAUGUGCACUGUUCUGUUUGGCAUGGGAGGAAUGGUACGCAUCUACCCUGUCCUAAAUAGUGUUGUGUUUCCCUCAUGCACCGCUGUCAGUUGUUGUAGUUUGCCACUUUCUGCACUAUUUUACUAAGAAAGCUUAGCCCACUCCCUGCAUGGUUGCUUCUUCAAGAGUUAUUCAUCCACGAUUGGUCUAAUUUAAUAAGUCUUUACCCAAGAUUGGAACCAGCGAUCUCUGGUUACCAUCGACUAUAAACCCCAUUAAUCUAGUGUAUUAAAGUUCAAUCCUGCUUUUCUCUCUAAAAAUCUUUGCCCACCAUUUGCGUGCUAAAAACACAAUCCCAUGCAUGCCCUGCAAAUCCACGGACAAAUGAAGACCCCCAAAGACGGCAUCCUCAUGGUAAAAUUAGCACGUUUUGCUCCAUAGUGUUGACUUGCCCCCAAAAAGUACUAUUUUGUCCUUGUUAUGAUCUCUGAUCUCUGAGCCCGUUGUGAAGAAGUGUGACAUCCUUUCCCUCUGUAGUUCCAAACAACAUAUUUUCUGUGCUCCAUACCAAUGUAUGAGGUUUUUGUAAUACUCCAAGAGAAAUGAACUAACUAUUUUAUCAGUCUUUUCCUGUAUGUACGGAGGGGCGCUGUUAGGUUUUGCCGGGUUUUUAACAUUCACAUCCAUUGUUUUAACAAUGUUCCAUUUUAUAUGAACCAGUAUUGUUUUGUUUUUUUAAUUUUUGACAUUGUAACAACCCUUUCAGGUGCUACAAAAUGACCAGUUACUGCUUUGUCACGUAGGAUCUAGACAUUUCUUCAUCAUUACCAAUAGAUUCAAUACCAGAUGUGCAAAAUGAAGCUUAUUUUAACAGACAGUUUAAUAGUAGAACACUUCCUCUACCAGACAAUAGAGCAUGUAACUCAAUUUUAUCAGUUCUGUUCAACUGUAACAAUACAUUAAAGGUGUUGUAGAAAAAAAAUGUGGAAUUGAUUUAAAAAAAACGGAAUUCCACAGUUAAUUUAUUCUUUUUUCUAUUAAGAAUUUGUAUAGUAACUUUACAUUUUUCAAAACUGUGUUGUUGGAAAUUGAUGAUGAAUUUUCAAGAUGAGAAGCCGUGAUGGUUCUUGAGAGUAAGAAAAUAAAUUAUUGAUGAAUGUU